UGUUGCUAAAUGGAAAUGGAGGGAUCCAAUGACAAAAACAGGAAAAGUACAGGGGAAAAAGCGUAUUAUGCCAAAAUUAAAACAACGGUUAAAACAGUUAUAGAAUUUGAAUUUAUGAGUUCAGCCAUGGCGGGACUAGCUUCAGCAUUAAAAAUCCUUGUCAAAAUUUGAAUGAUUAGAACAUUGAUAUGUUCAUAUCAACAAUAAGAACAGUAACAAAAUCUCCACUUCUCAUCAAACAUUUCACCACCGCCACCACCUCACCGGAAAACACCUCUGCUGUCAUCUCCAACUACUUUUCUUUUCUCCAUUCAUCACCCAGCUCCAACCAUUUACGCCACCUCCAUGCUCGCUUACUCCGCACUGCCCUCUACAACAAUGUAAUCCUCUCUUCAAAACUCGUUCUAACGUACUCCCAUCACAACAAACUUUACCCUCACUCACUCUUCACUUUCCUUCACAUGCCAUACAAAAAUGUAUACUCAUGGAACAUCAUAAUCGGCGAGUUUUCUCGCUCUAAUUACCCCGAGAAAGCCAUUGAUUUGUUCAUUAAAAUGCGGAGAGAAACUAAUAUUCAACCCGAUGAAUACUCGCUUCCUCUUGUUUUACGGGCUUGUGCUGGUUCUGGGUCGGUUCAACUCGGGUAUUCAGUUCAUGGGUUGAGUUUAAAAUCGGGUUUUGGUGUUAGUUUGUUUGUUGGGUCUGGUAUGGUUUUCAUGUAUGUGACAUUUGGGGAUUUGUUUAAUGCGCGCAUGCUGUUUGAUGAAAUGACUGAUAGAGAUUCUGUAUUGUGGACUGCUAUGCUUUCUGGGUAUGCUCAGAAUGGGGAGGCUAAGCUGGGAUUAGAAGUUUUUAGAAAGAUGGUUAGUGAUAUAGGAGUGGGUAAGCUUGAUGGAGUUGUGAUGGUGAGUUUGGUUUUGGUGUGUGGUCAAUUAGGGUUGUUAAAGCAUGGGAGAAGUGUUCAUGGUUGGUGUUUGAAAAAUUGUAGGUUAGAGUUGAGUCUAGGGAAUGCUAUUGUUGAUAUGUAUGUUAAAUGUGCGGUAUUAUGUUAUGGGCGUAGAGUGUUUGAUAAAAUGCCCAACAGAGAUGUGUUUUCGUAUAGCUCGUUAAUUUUGGGAUAUGGAUUAAGUGGGGAUGUGAGUGUUGCUUUGGGACUGUUUGAUCAGAUGCAUAUGAUUGGGAUUAAACCCAAUGAUGUGACGUUUCUCGGGGUCUUGUCAGCUUGUGCUCAUGGGGGUUUGGUGGAGAAAGCGCAUUCAUACUUCAAAAUGAUGCAAGAUUGUGGACUUGUGGCUGAAUUGAAACAUUGUGCUAGCAUGGUUGAUUGUUUAGCAAGAGCAGGGCGGUUGGAAGAGGCGGAGAAGUUUAUCAAUGAUAUGCCGAUGGAACCUGAUGAAGCAGUGCUAGGUGCUAUUUUAGCGGGUUGUAGAAUUCACAAUAAUGUUGAGGUAGGAGAAAGAAUUGCGAAGAAAUUAAUAGUGUUGAAGCCAGAGAAAGCUGGAUAUUACGUGCUAUUGGCGAAUAUGUAUGCUUCAGUGGGUAGAUUCGAUGAGGCUGAGAUAGUUAGGGACUUGAUGAAGAAAAAGCAUGUAUCUAAGUUACCUGGAUUCAGCUUCAUCGAAUCAAAGAAUUCUUUUCCUCUUCCAUCGGAAAUUGAAGUUCAAGAAUGUCGUAAAGUCCGAUGAAGUUAUUUUGAUCGAGUAAUUGUAUUUACAAGAGAUUGCAUUGCUUAGCUGGACUAUGAAGCAGCAAAUUCAUGGAUCAGUGCUCUAAGAUGAGUAAAAAUUUGUCCAAGAGAAAUGAUGGUAGUUUUUCCAAGCUUGAAGAAACAAACCACAAGUUUUGUAUUGUAUCAUUUGCUUAUACGUGCAUCCAAUUCUAAACUAACAAUGCAAUUUUGGUGGAUGUUGUAACUUUCAAUAAAGGCUCAUUUUGGAGUAA